UCCUCUUGAAUGAACUACUUCCCCUUCCGAUCUACUCCAUCCCCUCGUUCGUUGCUUUUUCCGCCUUCCCCUGCGUGAGACACAUCUUUCCAUCGGUCCCAAGGCUCUCCUAGUGUACCCAAUCCCUUCUCGACCAUGCCCGGGGACGAAGACUCAAACAAAAACCGAGAUUCCGCCGCUACCUCCGACUCUCGCCGAUGGCCUGACGACGAGAACCCGUUUGUCGCGUUUCGUCGAUAUGCCGACGAACAGGUUUCGUCCGUGCUACAGUCCGUGAUGGGCAUUCCCUCGAUGUCCUCGAGGCCUUCCUCCGGUAGAUGGGCCGUUUUCGAGGAGGAUGACACCUUUCGCCAGAAAAACCACAGUGAAACCAAGGGUCAGGACAAUGCGCCGGGAUCAGGACCGGGCGCAACUGACGGCUCGGGCGAUGCGCCUUCUCCUCACUCUCACAGUCCCAACAAUAUGCGCCAGUCGCACCAAUGGCCCGAAUGGCAGGACCCUCGCCCCGGAAGAACCCUUUUCGAUAGCGAUGUAGAUUUCUUCGAUAUCUUCUUCAACAGAUUCUGGCCUGAUGAAUACCACCACCCCUCUCGCUUCUUCCAGCCUUACCACAACCACCACCAACACCCCAUGCUCUCGGGUCCGGCCACACACUUCCCUUGGCCGAUGGGCUACAUCCUGUUUAACCCCUACUCGCCUCUGAUUCUAGAACGCCAGGCGCAGUUCCAGUACCACAAUGACUCCGGAGUGUUUUCGUCUCUCAUGUCGUCUUUCAGUCGCUCGUCGGAAUGCGAUCCCGCAGAACCCCAAUGGCGAGAGGCAUUCGAGGAUCUCAUUCGUCUCGAGAAUGGCAAGCCCAUGCUCGAUCGUGACCCCGCGGUCAGCGCCAGCGGUAAGCGCGAACACUGGGGGACCUGGCUGUCGGGCUUGGUGAACCGGGGUAGUCUGGGUGAUACGUGGAAAUCGAUUCUCUCUGAACCGGAUACCCACCCCUUCCCUAAAAUCGCAUCCGAGGACCACAAGCACAAGGGCGAUGACGCAAAGCCCUUGAGAGAGGACUUCAUUUCCAGGAAUGCGACCGAACCCCCUCGGAAUGAGACCGACUCCGGAAGUAUGACAGAACAAGAACUUUACGACCGUUUCCUGGACGACAUCUCGGCCCGUGAACGCGAGUUCUCCAGAACCGUGCUGGAUAGUCCUCUCCUACGCCUCAUUCUACAAGAUACACACCGACCCCGAGACACCGACACCGACAUCGAAAAUUGGUUCGAGCGUGCAUCUGGCAAACAUAUAACCCCUGCCUCUGACACAUCUCCCAAAAGCGAACCCCAGACAGGCUCUUCAGAAAGUAGUACCGAACCAGCCCCGGAAAAACACUACGUGGUUUCAACCUUCAUCAAAACAGAACGCAGCCGGCUUCCCGAUGGCUCUAUCCAGACAAAGACUACACGCACCAAGCGGUUUGCAGAUGGGCGUGAGGAGAGCAAUGAAUCUCAGGAUAUUGUAAUGCCUCAGCAUGCGUCGCAUGCGCAAGUCGCAUCUACUGGUCAGGGUACUAGCCAGGAAGGUCCUGAAUCUGAUCAGAAGGACGGCUGGUUUUGGAAAAGCUAGUUAGCUAUCCAUCUAUACGUAGAACCGGGCUUCUACUUCCUUUCUCUCUACUUCUUGUCAUUCCCUUCUUCUUUUCUUUCCUCUCUUCUUCUGUCGCCAUUCCAUUUCUCUUUUUCUCUCUCUUUUCUUUAUAUACUUCCUUCCACCCCUUGGACUUGGAUUCGGAUUUCCUACCGUCAUAUUUCAAAAUUUAGCUUGAUGACUUGAUUGUGGUGCCAAUCGCGCAUUCAUAUCAGUUCUCAUAAAAAGCUCAGUUUGAUGAGCUUCACACAUGUCUUUCUUAUUACGUUUCGCAGAGUACUGGUAACAAAGUUCCAUGUCUGUA